AUGGCCGACGGCAAGAUGCAAGCAAAUCCAUUUUACAGCAAAAUGGAGCGCCCCAUUGAAGUGAUGAUAGAUGUGCGAAACGGGGCGGAAACGGGACCGGAGAUUGACUGCAAGAGGCCGCGACUUCUGGGUGAAGCCGGAGAAAUCGUCGAUCAAAGAAAUCCGCACUCGCUGCUCCUAGAAAUAACACAAGCGCUACAAAGCGGCGAUAGACCAAGUGCGACUCGUCUCUUCCGCGAAUUCUCGAGAGAUUACGCAUCAGGGCUGCCGGGUAGAAUGGAUAAAUUUCUACAUAUUAUGUCUGCAAUGUUGAAGACAGCACGCAUAUCGGCCUAUGACGAUCUUUCCAAGCUGAUUCUCAGCUCCCUGUUCGAUGUAAUGCGCAAAUGCUCGCGGACGGCGUGGGAAUUGAUGCUGAAGGCCCUACAAGCGGAAGCAGAGCUUUUCGUGCGACCCCCGUUGGAUGGCUUGCUUUUGGACAUUUACGAAUAUGCGUUGAGUCGAGGAUAUGCCACGGUUCCACAAUUAACGAGCGAAAUCCUCAAAACUAGCACCCGAUCCCUCCACUCACUGGAUGACUCGCAGCGCAGAAUGUCGGCGCUCCGCUUCACCUUGGCGCGUAUCUUGCAGCGAGGGAAAGUCGGGCGGCAGGAGCAUCGGCGCUUCGAAUUUGUCUGCUACGACAUGCUGUCAGAUCGGGAUUCUCGCGUACGGCUGACUGCGCUCAACGCGCUGAAGAAGAUGAUUGAAACGGAUAGGUCACUGCGCGACUCGGAUUACGCUAAUAUGAUGUUGGACAGCGAUCGGCAGGUCAGGAUUGAGACGCUACGUUUGUUGCAACUGUUUGCAAAGAAAUUUCCUGAAACAAAAGUGCAUGAUCGUCAGGAUAGGCGUCGACUGAUGAUUCUUCUGUCUGACGAUGCUUUUUCGGCAGUUUGCCAAGGAGUGAAUGACAUGGAUAAACUCGUCCGCGCCGAGGCUGCCCACUUGCUCGGCGAGUUUGUGAAGGUUGGUGAGUCGUACUUGGACCAGACCCUCGACAAGAAGCUGAUGUCGUCAAAAACGACAGACCGUGGCGAGUCCGUCUUCCGAGUCAAGGAAAGCAAGUUUGCGCUGACGAAGGGUGGCGACAGAAGACACGGUGGCCGCUGGCAACUUCAUGGCGGUCGGGAGAAGGCGAAACGCGGCCAAAGCGAAUGGGGCACCGGAAAGCGGCUGAACGAGGUGGCGCCCGGGGAGACGGUGCAGCGGGAUACGAAACACGAGGAGAACGAGAGCAUCAUGUCCCAGGGGGCCGCCGGUGCGUUCGUGACGGCGCUCGAGGAUGAGUUUAUGGCGGUUCGUCAGGCGGCCGUGUACUCGCUGGGCAAGUUGGCGGCAAAUCGGCCAAACUUUGCGCUGACGGCCCUCGACCACUUGGCGGACAUGUUCAACGAUGAAAUUGCACAGGUAUCGUUUUGGACCGGUUGGAAU